CCGUUUACCGCCAGAUCUGUGCCGGAUGGAGAGCACAAUGGACACGGGAACAGUGAUCUACAUGUUCUUGGAGUUGCUGGUUGCCGUUAGCUGCUGUCUUGGUAAUGCACUGGUCAUUUUGGCGCUGUGGACCAGUAAAAGCCUUCACCAGCCCACCUUCUGCCUCAUCGUCUGUCUGGCCGUGACCGACUUUCUGGUCGGCCUCGUGGCCAUACCGUUGGCGGUGUUCGUGGACAGCAAAGUAAAGACUUCAUUCCACGUCUGUCUCUUCCUCUGCUGUGUGACCAUCCUGUUGACCCUGGUCUCAGUUUUGUGUCUCAUGGCUAUCGCAGUGGACCGCUUCCUCCGGGUGUAUAUACCUCUCAGGUACAAAAGGACAAUAACGCAGAGACACUCUUGCCUUGUGGUAGCAGUGUGUUGGCUGCUGGCAAUACCCCUGAGUUUCGCUCCCAUGCUUGGAUGGAACCAAAAUGGCACCAACUCGACUAUUAAAUGCAGUUUUAUAAAAGUGGUGCCCCUGUCGUACCUGGUUUACUUCAACUUCUUUCUCUGCAACCUGAUACCGCUGUCGGUGAUGACUGUAUUGUACGGCUACAUCUUCUGCACCAUCCGAGGAAACCUUCGAGAGAAACCAGGCGAGAGACCCCAAAAUACGUCUCAGAACUACCUGAAGAAAGAGAAACAGCUGGCGGGGUCUCUGUCUCUGGUCUUGUUUCUGUUUGCCCUGUCCUGGCUUCCUCUCCACAUUAUGAACACCAUUGAUUACUUUAAUGGGCCACGUACAGUACACAAAAUAGCUAUCUACGUUGGCAUCCUGCUCAGUCACGCUAACUCGGCCGUAAACCCAGUCGUGUAUGCGUUCAAAAUAAAAAAGAUCAAGACAGCGUACAUAGAGCUCUGGAGAAAGUACAUCGCGUGUCGAGGAGAAAACCAAGGGACUCAGACAAGCCAGUCGACAGACAACAAUCUCAGCAACAACGACAGCUGAGACAAAAAACGAGGAAAGGAAGAUGUCCUUGUUGGCUUGUGUCUUCGUUCUUAAGGUGCAGGUUUUAUUUUCAUAGCUGUAAUUAAACGUUCAUGUUGACAUUUAAGAAGGCAGCUACAGUAUGUAACCACCUUGUUUUAGAUUGUCGAGGACGAUGUGCAUAUUUAUUCAGUGAGAACAUGUUUAACAGUUUUUCACUGAAAGUCGUGUUUUACUUUUAUGAAUGUUUGAGUGUCGUGCGAAUGUGGUGGAGCUUGUAUGUGCAACUUUUGUGCAAUACUGUCUUUCAGAGAAAAGCACUUCCACUUUUCUUAAACGCUUUUGUUUAGUUUCAAAUCACUUGUUUUUUCUGUGGUAGUUCUUCAUAUCCUCUUCAACACAAGAACACUUGCACAUAUUAGCUUCACUAAAGAAACCCUUUUAAUACUUGAAGUGAUUUAUAUUUGUUUGUAUUGGACAGGCGUGAGCAACCAUCUGUUAAUAUUAUUCCAAACAUAAUUGUCUUUAUUAUUAACAUUGCAGUCCAACACAACAACAACACAAAGUAUAGCCUCCAAGAUGACGAAAAGUGGAUUUACAUUUCAAAUGGAUUUGCUGUCCAUUGACCAUUUUACAACAUAUUGCAGAGAUGUUGGACGGCAUUUACACUGUUCAGAUAUUCCUCAUUAUCAAUAUCAGCAAUAUUUAAUGGACCUUGAGCUACUGGUGUGUUUUUAAGUAGCAGUAGUAAAAAUAUAUCAAUGCAUAUUUAGUAAAAGAAUUAAAGAAUUCCAGCCUGAAAAGUA